GUCUUAAACGAUUUUGCCGACAUAACGAUAUUAAGAUUUAGAUUUAGAUUUAGACAAAUACGAGGAGGCAUGGACUGCGCUUCAGGAGCGUUUUGGCCGUGUAGACACAGUUGUGUCAGCUGGAAAGAAGCGUACAGACCAAUUUCCGACCAUAGUGAAAGAAAAUAGUAUGCAGAUCAGGCAGUAUCAAGAAAUAGUUUCUGAGUUGAUAGGCGUUUUCAAGGAGUACGACUUCCUUCAUGUGCUUAAAUCGCAAGUCCCUGAAGCAAUUGUUGCUAAACUACAUGCACGCCUUUGCUGUAGAUGGGCCGAGUUUGUUGAAGGAAAACGAAAGUUGUCAACGUCGGAUUCAUUUGCAAAUUGGCUGGAAAAAGAGGCAAAAAUCAGUGGGUCCAGGCAGCGGUGGAUGCCAGAGAAGAGAGAGUGGAAGCGUUUAGAUACAUCUAAACUUGAUAGGCGUAGGUCAGCUGACAAAUCACAAUCUGGGCUGUUUGUAGGAGCCACAGGAGAAGCUUUACGCACCAGCUGUCGAACUAAGAGGUGCUCAAUUCACCAGUCCACUAAUCACACUUUGCAGGAGUGCAAAAGGUUUAAAGGAAUGUUGCCUAACGAAAAGGUGAAAGUUCUUGAGGAACACAAACUCUGCUUAUGUUGUCUAUUACCUGGUCAUCGUGUGAGUAAAUGCCGUAGUAGGAAUAGAUGCAAAGUUGAGAACUGCGACAUGCGUCAUCAUACCCUCGUACAUGAAGUCGACUUGAAAUUUAUUGAACGAGCAAAAACGAAACGUGAAUCUGAACGAGUGCCAGAUGUUGAAAGUGAUCCUCCACAAGUAUCCUUGGAAAGUGAAGACUCAUCACCGUGUCAGUCUGUGGAGCCCCACGAAGGGUAUCGCCAGUCAGCGCACGUAGGUUGUGAAGCUGGUGGUCGUGCUUUUGUUGAAGUACUUCCCAUAGUUGUCUUUGGAGAAACACGAAGACAACAAGUGAUGGCAUUGCGUGACUUAGGCUGUAACACAACACUAAUAGAUGAAAGUUUAGCACUCUCACUUGGACUUCACGGCAAAGAAGUAGAUCUUGAAAUUCAAGGAGUAGAUGUGCGUAAGGUGUUUACUUCCCAGCACAUCAAGAAAUGCCAUGUGGCACGAGUCGGAAGAGAAGAAGUUCAGUAUUCCUUGCGAGAUGUGAAAACAAUCCCUGGCCUGAAUGGUCCGGAUCAGAAGUUGAAGUGGUCAACAAUCAAGCAAGAGUAUCAGCACCUGAAG